AUGAAAGUGCCUGUUUUAAUUAUUUCAGAAUGUUUCAGGAGAUUGAAACCAUUGGAUACAGCUCAUUGGAGAAAUCGUCUUGAAUAUGUUGUAACUACAGCUAUCGACUUUGAAGCUAAGCAUAAGGAAUGUGUGCGCGUCUUACCAUACGAUGAUCCCGCAAAGGUUCACUUUUAUGUGUUUAGUGGUAAGUCUGGUGUACCGCAAAAAUUAAAAGAUGCCGCUCAAGAAUGCUUUGGGGAGAUGAAAGUGAAACUGGAAUGGUUUGAUCUGUACAAUGAUGCUACCGAAAUAUUGAAGGUGACACCUAUCGAGUUUCCAUCAGGAAAGCCGGAAAGAUUGAACGAAUCUCAAAUUUAUAAAAUCAAUGAAAUAAUAAACAAAAACCCUCAUGUCCUUGUCAAGCAUCGCAACGUUACCGCCGUUCAAGCCUCUUUCAAAAUCAUAAAUUCGAAGCAGACAAAGCAGCCUUGUAUUGCAAUUUAUGUUCUUGGUAAAGGUUCCAUCCCUGUCGGUGAGAUUGAGUUUCCUCGCACACUUGGUGGUUAUGAUGUCGAUGUUGUGGAUGGAUUUUGGUUCACGACGGGUGAGGAUGAUCCCUGGAGGCCAAACGAGGGACAGGAGCAGUGCGAGGUCCUUUGCCUAGGAGCAAGCAUUGGCGUAGAAGGAGAAGAAGGGUGUGGAACCUUAGGUGCCAUUGUGGAAGGGGAUGGAAAAUUUUAUGCCCUUUCCUGUGAUCAUGUAAUGAAACGCGCUCAGAAAUCAAAGAUAAUUCACCCUGCUCGGGAUGACUAUCUGAACUAUUUAAACUACCACUUACAGCAAUAUGUGGAGCGGAUACAGUACAUUAUUAAACGUGAGCAACGCUUUCUCCGAGAAACCAUUAGCCAAUUUUCGUUUGACAUUAUUAAAGAUUUGGAAAGGUUAAAGCUAAAAUUUCAAGAAUUAAAAUCACUCAAAGAAGAGCACUACGACCAAGAUAGAGCAAAAAAGGGAAACCUAGAGAAAGUAGAGCUUCACGAAAAAGCAUUGGAGAAUGGUUUUAAGACACCACCCAGAGUGAUAGGCAGGUAUAUUGCUGGUAUCUCCCGUAAUAUGAGGUGGACCGAUGGCCAAGAGUAUUUUAUCGAUGCUGCCGUUGCAGAGUUGACGCCAAAAGAAAUAAAAGGUUUAAGAGAAAGUGAGAAAAUUGAAAUGAUUGGCACAGGAAAAUCCCCGAGCGGUAGAUGCAGUUCAAGCUUUACAGCCUUUGGGGAGCUGUGUAAAAGUGGCCGAACCACUGAAUACACCAACUCAGGCCGUCAUGCAAACCCGAACGUGUAUCUCCGGCUUAGUUCGUACAGGUUAAAUGCUCAAAAUAAACAUUUAAACGAUGUAGUGAAACGCGUUUCCAUUUGUCAUACAUGUGCGUACUCGGCUGGUGUAGAAGAAGACCUAGAGCCUACUUUUUCUCCUUGUGGUUUUUGUAGAGUAGACACAGAAACUCUUAAUGACGAAGUUUGGUUGAAGAACUGCUUAUGCAUAGACCGUCCAUACGACCCCGCAAAAGGAGACGCAUUUUCAGCUGGAGGAGAUUCUGGGGCAGUAAUUUUCGAAAUAGAAGAAAAGAAAAGUCUUCUCGGCUUUGGCAUCAUUUUUGCCCAACAAUGUCAUUCAUAUGGAUCUUGCGCCUUAGCCUCACCGUUGCUCCCUACUCUUCAGACGCUUUCGAGAGAAAUCCCCGUGACCGAAAGUUUAAGCUUGUCUUCAAAC